AUGGCCGGCACAACCAAGACCACGACUACCGCCAAGGAGAAGGAUCGCCGCAAGUCGUCGACUGGCAAGACGUCAAUCGUGACUCUCAAGGUCUCGCCAGACAGACUUCGGAAGCUGCUCGACCCAACAUCAGUCAAGGAGGAGUCGCCUGCAAAGGCAUCCCCGGCCCCGUCGUCCAACACGCCCGCCGAGCCCGCCGUUCCUGCCGAGGCUGCCACGAACGGCGAUAACGCGUCCACGUCCAACCCUGGCACGCCCGCCCCAGCUGGCACACCUUCUCAGACUCCCAUGGGCCCGCCAGCUGAUGGCCCCAAGAAGAAGGGCGUAAAGAGAAGUGCUCCCGGCGCCAAUGGUGCAGAACCCAGAGCCAGAGGCAAGCCUGGCCCCAAGAAGAAGCCCAGACUUGAGGAUGGCACCAUCGAUCCCAGUGCAAAGAAUGCUGGCGGCGCGUAUCACAAGCUUGGACCCAAGGCAAGCCUGGGUGCUAUCAAUGCGGGCCUGCGGGCCCUCGAUCGCUCAGGAAAGCCUUGCCGCAAAUGGGCCAAGGGUGGCUUUCGCCUCAAGACCUUUACCGGCGUCAUGUGGGAGAUCCCUCGCUGGACUGCUCCGCCCAAGCCAUCCCCCGAAGAGAGUCAAGAGGUACCUACCGAAACCUCGGCCGAUGGCAGCAAUAAGGAGAACAAAGAAGAAUCUCAGAUGAAGAGCGAGAACAGUGCCAGCGCUGCCGAUGGAGAGCAGCGAAGUCAGCCACCCAGUUUGCCUGCUGACAGUUCACCUGCGCCAAUGCCUGUUGCUGCAGCAUCAUAA